UCCUACGGGCCUCCAGGUUUCCGAUGGACUCUGGGAAUCGUAGUUCGGCACUUCCCCUGCGCCGGCGCAGUACCUGGCGCUUGGGGCGUUCAGCCCAUCUUUUCCUUGUUUCUUUUCUUUUUUUUGUGCCGCGGCUCCGGGGCAGCAGAAUCCUUUGAGAGAGUCUGCAAGGGUCCAGUUUGGGCUCCCAGCUCUUCCAGGUGUCAAUGUUGAAGGACCGACCUAAAGAAGAAUCUAUCUUAGGACAAAGUAUAGCUGCUCUGAGGCUUUUCAUCAUUAUUCUUGUAAACGUUGAUGAGAAAGAGCUGUUGGCAUUAUAAUUUACCUCCUUGGGCUGGGGAGACAGGAUUUGGGAAAAGAUCAAGACUGAAGCAACUCAAGAGGCCUUGGGAAGGAGGUCUCUCUAUUUUUUAGAAAUAAGACAUUGUGGUAUUCCAGUCUCUCAAAGAUCAUGGACAGAAACUCAACUGUCACAACUUUGAAUUCUUCAGAACCACGGGAGUUAUCCUUUGGGUUUUGUGAUUUGAACUGAUCAAAGGAAAAGAUGGAUUCUGAAUGGAAUUGACUUCUCCCUCUGGAAAGAACCUGUGUAAACUUACAUCUAGAUUGGGAGAUUAUGGGGAUGUUCUUGUUCCUCAAGAUUCUGGCUUUUUCCAAGAAGAGAAAACUGAAGUAAAGGAGAAGAUGACUUCUGGUUUCCUGACAGCCUGGUCUCAGAAAUCCCUGACAUUCCAAGAUGUGGCUGUGGAGUUCACCCAGGAGGAAUGGGGGCUGUUGGAACCAGCUCAGAAGGACCUGUUUAGGGAAGUGAUGCUGGAGAAUUAUGAGAACUUUGUCUCCCUUGGGCUUCCAGUUUCCAAGCCAGAUGUGACCUGCCACUUGGAGAGAAGGGAAACAUUCAGGCCACCAGAGGAAGAAGUCCCAAGAAGCACUUACCUAGAUUUUCUUCGUGAAUGUAAUAUAUUUGGACGAAAAUAUAAUUUGGGGACGAUCCUCAUUCCAUGGCAGAAAGUUCCUAUAGGAAAAUAUCUCCAUAACUACAAUACACUUGGAAAGAGCUUCAAACAUUUUUCAGAUCUGAUUGAACAUAAUAGACUUUCUAUAGGGGAAAAUCUUUAUGCUUAUAAUAAAUUCAAGAAGCCCUUCAUUUACCAUUCAAAUGGUAUUCAUUACAAUGGAAUAUUUAAUCAAGAAAAACCCCCUAAAUGUGAUGACUAUGGUGAAGCCUUCAGCAUCAACUCAUGCCUUUUGGUACAUCAAAGAAUUCAUACUCCAUUGAAACCAUUCGAAUAUAAUGAAUGUGAGAAAGCUUUCAGUCCAAAGGGAAAUCUCUUUUCACAUAAGAGAAUUCACAGUGGCGAAAAGCCUUAUAAAUAUAAUGGCUAUGGGAAAGUCUUCAGCAAUAAUCAAAAGCUAGCUCCACAUCCAAGAAUCCAUACUGAAGAAAAGUAUCACAAUUAUAAUGAAUGUGAUAACAUUUUCAUGCAAAGCUCAUCCCUUAUGCAGCAUCAAACAAUUUAUACAGAAGGGAAACCCUUCACAUGUAACCAGUGUGGGAAAAUCUUUAGCAGUAAUAACUAUCUUAUUCAGCAUCAAAGAAUCCAUACUGAAGAAAAGCCCUAUAAGUGUAAUGAAUGUGGAAAAGCCUUUGUUGAUAAUCAGAACCUAUUACAACAUCAAAGAAUCCAUAGUGGAGAGAAACCCUAUAAAUGUAAUGAAUGUGGGAAAGUCUUCAUCAAUAAUCGAAACCUAUCACGACAUCAAAGAAUCCAUAGUGGAGAGAAGCCCUAUAAAUGUAAUGAAUGUGGGAAAGCCUUCUGUACAACUUCUCGUCUUGAUGUACAUAAGGUAAUUCACCCUGGAGAAAGACUCUUUGAAUGUAAUGAAUGUGGGAAAGGCUUCAGGUUUAGGUCUGCCUUUAUGAAACAUCUGAGAAGUCAUACUGGAGAGAAACCCUAUGAAUGUAAUGAAUGUGGGAAAGCUUUCAGUUGGAAGGGAAACCUUAAUACACAUAAGAGAAUUCAUACUGGGGAAAAACCAUAUUUGUGUAAUGAAUGUGGGAAAGCAUUUAGCAAUAAUGAAAGCCUAACACGACAUCAAAGAAUCCAUACUGGAGAAAGACCCUACAAGUGUAAUGAAUGUGGGAAAAGCUUCAGGCAAAGCUCAUCCCUUAUGCAGCAUCAUAGAAUUCAUACUGGGGAAAAACCUUACAAAUGUAAUGAAUGUGGCAAAGCCUUCAAUAAUAGUCAAAAUCUAACAAGACAUCAAAGAAUUCAUACUGGAGAGAGACCCUUUGAAUGUAAUGAAUGUGGGGAAGGCUUCAGAUUCAGCUCAAGUCUUAUGAAACAUAAGAGUAGUCAUAUUGGAGACAAACCUUAUAAUAAUAAUGAGUGUGGGAUAAAUUUCAGCCAGAAUGGAAACUUUAAUACACUUGAGAAUUCAUACAGGUGACAUCCUCCAUCCCCUUGGAAUAUAAUGAAUGUGGGAAAAUCUUUAAUCAGAAAGGAAACCUUAAGAAAACUAAUACUAAACUAAUUCUAAUACUUAGUGUAAUGAGUGUCAAAAAGCUUUCAAAUGGUUUGGAAACAUAAUCUUCCUGCCUAGACAUAGACAAUAGGAGCUAGAAAGCUGUUGAAUGUAAGGAUUGUGAGAAAAGCUUCAUGAGGAAGUCACAUUUGCUGCACAUUAGAACUUUUAUCCUGAUGACAAAGACAUUCAGGGUAAUGAAAAGGGGCAGACUUUUAGAGUAGAGACUUUGAGGACUGACCAUAAGAAAUAAUAUUGGAGAAAGAAAUCUUUUUAAUGUAAUCAACAGGUGAAAGUAAUCAGGCUGGAUCAAAUUUUUGCUACACAUAAGGGAAUUUUUACUGUAUAGAACUCCAAGUUUAUAGUGUAUGUGGGAAAGUUUCAGCUAGUAGGAAUACCUUUCAGAUAAUUUGUACUCAUGAGAAUCUCCAUGAAUGUAGUUUGAAAAUCAUGAGAGAUUCAAUUACCUGUGCAGAUAUAAUCAUAUAGGAAAAAUUUUCUGAAAAUUUUGUAGUCACAGAAUUUCCAAGUGGCCACAGAGAUCAUCUAGUCCACCCUUUAUCUGUAAAAGAAUCCUGUGUACACUAUUGAAUAAGUCAUUAUCCAACCUUUGUUUUAAGACCUUGAAUAAGGAGAAACCAGUGUCUUCUGAGGUAACCAGCUCCACUUUUGGAUAAUGGUAACCAUUAGGAAAUUUACCCUUAUGUCAAUCCUAAAUUGGCCCUUUUUUUCAUCUCCACCCUAUUUUUUUCUAGUUUAACUAUAACCAAGCUGAACAGGCACAAUCCCAUUUCCCUUUGAUAGCCUAUAAAAUGUUUGGUCUUCUAUGAUUACAUCCCCAUUUUCUUCAACACAUUCUUGUAUGAUAUGAACUAGCUGCCCUUCACUGUGCUGAUUGCCUUCCUCAUAUAUUCUAACUCUUGUCAUUAUUACUCCAUAAGUGAUAAAUGUAGCAGUUCUCUUGCUUCUAUCACUUUGAGUCAUAUGCUUCUGAUGCAGCCCAAGGUGAUAUGGGCAUUUUUUUAGCCACUCUUUGGUACUGUUGACUCCUUUUGAGCUAGUCUUGGAAUUCCCCUCCCCCCCCAACCCCUCAGCCCCUUCAGAUAAAUGGCUGUAUAACCACACCACCUCUACUUUGUACUUAUUUAGUUAAUGUUUUGAAGUAGGAUUUCGUAUUUAUCUCCUUAAAUUUCAUUUUAUUGAAUUUGUUCUUGUGAUCUCACAGCUAUUUUUUAUUCUCAAUCUGUUCUGACCCCUAUCCCUCCCAGGUUUUUGAAUCUGAAAAUUUGAUUUGUUAACAUAUUCUUUCUGUGACUUGAUCUAAACCAUUAUUAGUAAUGUUAAACAGAACAGAUCCUAGAACAAAUCCCUGGGACAUUACACUGACGAUCUUCCAUACAGAUAUUGAACCUUUGACAUCAAAUCGAAUCAUAAUUAAAAACUGGAGAUUCAGGUUCUUAGAUUUGCCACAAGCUAUAAUUGUAUGUUGCAUUUAGGGAGAAAAAUGAACCAGUUAUCAUUAUGUCCCUCUUUCUGGUAACACACAGUUAUCCUAAAUUGAUACUAUUCUAGGUGCUCUGGAAGCAUGUAGCUUAUAGUAGGGAUCUAGAGGUAAGGUAGGGAAACAUGACAUAUAAAAACAACUAAUACAUAAUGAUACAUGAUAAAUGUAGAGUUUGUGUUGACCCAAGUAGGGAAGAAUCAUUGUUUUUUGUUCUUGUUUUUGUUUUUAACAAGAUUUAUUAAGUGCCUAAUAUGUGCCAGGCACUGUGCUAAGCACUUUAUAAAUAUUCAUUUUAUUCUCAAAACACCCCUGGGAGAUAGGUGCUAUUAUUAUCCCUAUUUUAUAGAUGAGGACAUUGAGGCAGACAGGUUAAGUGACUUGCCCAAGGUCAUAUAGCCAGUGAAUAUUUGAGGUCACACUUGAACUCAGGUCUUCCUGAUUCAUAAGUCCAGGACUCUUGCCAUUUCACCAUCUAGCUAUUCCUUACAUAGUGAAGGAAUCAUAGAAGGAUUCAUGGAGAUUGCAUGUGCUGGGCCAUAGAGGAUAAGGAGAAUUUCAACAGAUAGAAACGGCAUUUGGAAAAAUAUUACAGAUUUAGUAAGGACUUUGAACAAAGGUAGUAUGGACAGUGUUGAAGGGCUAGUCGAGAGUCUGAUUAACCAAAGCAGAGGCUGUACAUAAGGGGUGACUAUAGUAUAGGAUUUGCACUGGGAGAUCAGACAUCAUGAUGGUGCUGGAGUUCCGUAUAGCUGGCACUUGUAAAUCCAUAACUUUAGAUCCACAACUUUAAUCUGUUUAAACUUUGGUAGGAUUGUGAUGGGUCUGUGGUUUGGAGAAUAUGCAAUGCAAUACCUCUCUUCACAUAAUAUAUCACGUUGGAAAAGGGCUGAAUUUGGAAUUGGGUGGCCCGAGUUCAAAUUCUGGAUUUAAGUUUUACUCACUAGGUCACUUAACUUUCCUGGGAUUCGGGGUCUUAUUCAAUAAAAUUAGGGUCUUGGACUAGAUGAACUCUAAGUCACUUCCAGAUCUGCAUCUGCAAACCUCUCAUCCACCCAUGCAGAUCAGCAACUUGUAAUUUACAGUCCUGGAGGUGGGGGGUGCCUGCAUGGCUUGCCCUUAUAAAACUAGUAAGGAUUAAGGCUUGCACCCAAGUCUUUCUGGCCCUAAAACCCGCCCUCGACCCAAUAUUCUAUAAUAAUAAAUGUAUGUCUCAUGUUUGUUGUUGACUGUUUGUGGGAAGAAAGGAAGGAUGUGCCCCUUUAUUGUAGUGAUUUGGAACUGCCCUUACUGGGGCAGGCUACGGCCAGGGCUGUAUACAUCAUGAGGAAGGAAGUCGGUCUAAGAGAGCUGCUAGGAUUUCCUAGGGAUGGUAUUAGUGCUACAGGCAGGUUAGCAUUUCCCAGGGAAAUCCCUGUCCCAAAGAGCAGAUAGGAUUACAAGCCACUGGUAACUAGAGGAUGCUGGUAGACUAACUCCCUCUGCAGAGCCAGAGCAUAAGAUUUCUUUAUUUCAUGCUUAACUGAAGAGUUUGCAGAGGCGAUGUGUCUAGUAGCCUCCCCUGGACACAUAUGGGCCUCCCAGCACAGGGGUCGUGUUGCCUCAGACCAGCACGUCUGAGGCAUCCAAAGUAGCCAUUCUGUGAGCACCAUGUCCAAAAGGAAAAGGGGGGCAAAAAGAGAACUUCGUCCUCAGCUGAAUGGGAUUUGGGUUGCUCCACGGCAGAACCCACACCAAGACGAUCAACAUGUAUCUUUCUCUGUAUCCAAUAACUGUAUCUUUAUUCUAAGUAAACUUAUUCUUUUAUAUCCCUCGUUUGUGACAGGUCAUUUGUGUCAUCCACACCCCUGGCUUUGGGGUGGCUUCCUGAGCCUCCUACCAUACCUGCCCAUUGUAUUUGACCCAAGUGUUGUUGUUACCUUUUACUGCUGUUUUCAUUUACAUCACUGACCUUAUAUGUUCUUUUAAUUCUGCUUUCUUCACUGUGUUACUUGAUACAAGUGUUUCUGUGUCCCUCUGGAUUCCUAGUUAUCAUUACAUCCUUUUCACCUUGGUGUUUGUCCCCAGUUACUGAAUCCAUUUCCCCCUUCCAGAUUUUUGCUAUUGCAUAUAAAGUUGUGAGUUUCCUUAGGUGUUUUCUGCAGUUGCUUAUGGGCUGUUGUGUGCCAGUUGCAUCUUCUGCGUUUUCCGCAAGUCUUUUGGUUGAAAUAAAAGCUGUCCUUUACUCAGUACUUUCUGUUACCUCGAGUGCUUUUAUAUGAUCUAAGGGAUUUUGCUAUAAACAAUUUUCAGAGAUUUCACAGAAUGAAUACCAGACUUUGGAGCAAUGAACUACAGACCUGAGACUGAUAUUUUUUGUUGACCCCUGAGAUCAGAUACAAUGUAGACUCUAAAGCUUAAAUUACCCCCAACCUUCCCAUCUUUCUGCAGGAAGCUGAAGUUUAGGAACUCUCCAUCAGCUCCCUUUUUGGCCUCCAGAUGUUUCUGCUACAAAGCAGCCAUUAAUGAGUUUGUGGCAGGGGGAAUAGUUUCCCCCCAAUACCUCCCCACCCUAGAGAAUUCUCAGAAUUUCAAGAGAAGAAAGGUAUAAGACAGUGGAAAAGAGGUCUAAGCAGGUUUAUCAGUUCACUUUUUUAGGGGCAUGUACCAAGUGUCGUUUCUCUUAAAAGGCCCCUGUUAUUUACUGUGGUAACUCUGGCCAUGGCCCACAUAGAGCUUGUAUCUUGAGCAUAACAGGUUUCACAGCUCCUGUACAAGCACUCAGUAUUACAAGGCACAUAAGGUACUUAUGACAGCUGUUACUUCACCCUAGAGACAAUGCAGAACCAACCCCCCCACACCAAAAAACCCCAACAACUUGAAAAAGACUAAAAUGUAGGCAAUUUGUAAAAGAACUCAAAAUUGCCUACAAGUAAUUCACAGCUUUCCUCCUUUACCGAUGAGCUUUACUUUUCUAUCAGGGUCCUAAAGUCCUUCUGACAGAACAUCUGGGUCAUAGAUUGCAUACCUCUUAAAAGACAAUUAAAUCUGUGGUUGCCACCAUUAACAUUCUGUAGAAUUCCUGGAUUUCACCCAAUUUGCUCUAAGGCUAACAAUGCCAGAUUGUAGUUUGGACUCCCUUCAGGAGAGUAUACAUACUUGAGGCUUCCUGACCAAGCAAGAAUCCUUUUGGACUUGCACUAUAUUGGAAUAACUCAUGAUUCUUCUCUUCCCUCCUUCACUCUGAGAAUUUCAGCUGAAGAAAAGGCAGAAGGUGGAGCAAGUGUGUUGAUUCCCUAAUAGGUCCUCACAAAAGGACAUCUCCCUACCCAGUCCCUUUUCCCUUCUAAGUCUUAAAAACUAACUCAUUUAUCUUGACGAUAGCCAAAUCCUCCAAACAUCCCCUAGGAUAGUCUUCUCCAAGGUGAAGAAAAUAUUAGUUUCUAUUUCUAUCCAUUUAAACACAUAAGUUAAACUUUAUUAAUAUUUAACACUUAGAUGAGAUAAUGUCAGAUAAUUACCUAUCAAAAUGGUUUUCUGAGGGAAGAAUGCGAGUACCAGAUGCAGGAGGGUUGACUUGGCACCUUCAGUUAUUCAUUUGGUUUCAGCAAUAGCUGGGUUAUGAUUUAUAUGUUCCUGGGUAAGUGACUUUAUAGAUCACAGUUUCAAUUAAACUAACACUCACAAAAUAAACAAGUAGCUUAAAAGGAUUCUUGUAAGAACACCUGAUUGAAGAGAACAUGAAUAAUGUGGUGCAAAUAAACUAAAAGUGGCAGAGCCAACAUCUUCACACUACUCCUAAUGUAGCUCUUUCUGCCAUGCUACAAAAAACAUAAGCUCAUCAAAUGUGACAUGGGAAAAAAUGUCCAAGUUAUAAAGAAAAUUAUUUGAAAUAGGAAUUUAAAUCACCAAAAGGUGUCGAAACUGUACUCGUCUUCCUUGGCCCAUAGACUGAGGCUCAGAACAUUGGCAUCGCUUCCUGGUGGCAUGCAAAGAAUCAGAAGCUUCUCCUUCGGGUUUUUGACAUGUCUUUCAGUAUGGCCAAUACAGAGGCAGGUGCGGUGUGCUCAACCAAAUGCCAGCUAGGUAGCAAAGAGGGCUGGGACUGAAGUUCAGAAGACCUUAAUGAAAAAAAAAAGCUUAAUGAAAAAAUAAUUUUAAAAUGUAAUUGGGAUAUGUUUAAUAAAAAUAAAUGAAAAGAGAGUAAUAUGUUAAAUUUGUUAUAUAUAUUUUUUUAAAAGCAGACUGUUUUUUGUACAAUUCUCUUUUUUUUUUUCAACAAAAAUCUUUAUUUCUUGAUGGCCGGCACCGAAAAAUGAGGAUGGUGGUUUUGUUAAGUGCAGUCAGUUUCUUCCAUCUGGACCUAUUUAUCAUUCUGUAAUUGUUUCAUCUAUGACAGCCAUUCAAACCAAGUACCAAAAUAAGUCAUUUAGAGCCACACAUUUGAAUUGCUGUAAACUAAGAUUUCCAAAAAUAAUGAAGUCUGUGGAAUCACAUUCCUCUUGCAAAAGUAUUGUUCCUGCUAUUUGUUAUCGGAGAGGCAGUAUGGACUAGCCAUCCUUAGAGCCAGCAAGACCUUGCUUCAUUCAAGACUUGAAGGCAGGCAGGCAGCUGAGAGGCUUAGUGGACAGAGUGCUGGAUUUGGAAUCUGGAAGGUCUCAGUUCAAAUCCCGCCUCAAGACACUUCUUAGCUCUGUGACCCUAGGCAAAACACCCUCUCUGAGCUUCAGUUUUCUCAUCUAUAAAAUGGGGAUAAUAAUAGCUGUGUUACCUUUUAGGAUUGUCAAUAUAAGAUGAAGUAAUAUGAGUAAAGCACUUUGCAAACCUUAAAGCACUAUACAAAUGCUAGCUAAGAAUAUAAGUUACAAAAGAGGUCCAGAUCUGCAUUGCUAGAGUACCCUUACAUGGUGUUCCCUAUACCAAUGAAAUUGAAGAUCUCUGCCCAAACUUUAUUGUUAUUACUAACAAAUUAGAAUGUAAGCUCCUUGUGAGUAGGGAAUAUUUUUUGCUUUGUAUCUCCAACCCUUAGCACUGUGCCUGGCACACAGUAGAAACUUAAUGUGUAUCAAUUGAUAAAUAAAUAUUGUAUUAAUUGUUGUCAUUAUUAGUACUUUAAAGUGAGAACAAAACAUUUUUGUACUAUUAAUAAAUAAGAUUCUUAAAAUAUCAUUUAUUUCGAGUCAAUAACAAGCAUUUAUCACAUUCUUCUUAUGUAUUGUAUUACGCACUGGAGAUACAAAGACAAAAAACAGUCACUUUUCAUCUUUAUGACAUAUUUAACAUCUUUUUGGUAUGUAUAUUGUAUAAUGACAUGAUAUAUAUUGUGUGUUAGUACCUACAUGUACAUAUAUUGAGUGAAUCCUUAAAAAUUGUUUUUGGAUAGGAAUAUGUAAACAAAAAAGUAGGAAACCACUGCCCUAGGAGAUGCCAAGGAACAGUUCUAUACCAUGUUACCUCUGGGCAGCCACAGUCAGAGAAACUUAAUCAGGAAUGACCUUUUCUCUUUAAGAAGGCACUAGUGGACAUGUCCAUCAUCUGUAGAAUGAGGCAUGUGCAAUCCAAGACUCCAAACAAAAGCUGAUUGAGCUCAUCAAGUAGAUUUUGGAAAUGUCCCUUGAUAAACAUGUUUGAAUUGCAUCCUGUCUGCUUCCUUUGAGAAGAAAUAGCUGUGAGGAGAGGAGAAAGAAUCCUGAAUCCUCCCCUCUCUCACUAUUGACCAAAGAAAGACCACGCAAACUUUUAAAGGUGGGAAGAUUUGGCUCCUCCUGUUGGCAUCCAAAAGGGUCUGCAGAACAACAGUAAAUGAUAGUCGCAUCUCCAUAGAAGUAAAGAACCAACUAGAUAUAUUGAAGAAAAAAGCAGUUCAGGACCUUGUAAGGAGCCCCAAAGAAAUCUACACCAUAGCUAAACAUUAUGAAGACUCCAUGAAGGGAGAAAAGGACUUCUAUCAGCCAAGAGCUAUGACUUACCCUUUUGCCAUAUUGGGCUUUCUAAGCUAAGACCCCCCUCCCCCAGGGGUCUUCACGUACCUGUGAGAGAAUGUGUUUCUGGUUUGGGGAAAAUCUUUUGUAUCAAGUGUUCUAAUAUCACCUUAGAAAAUACUCCUACCUAAAAGCAAAUAAAGUGUGAACGUGUCAUACCUCUUA